GCCGAUAAACCCGUCACUUGUUGAUGUUUCUUACCCACAGCUUCUACCGGUUUUAUCUGGGCCGCCGGAAUGGCGGCGCCACCCUUCGAGCCAGUGCCGGAUGCCUCCUCCUACACCGUCCUCAGCCGCCGCAACCGCCGCCUCCUCCGGCGGUUCCUUGACGAACACUUCGCCACCCCGCUCGACCUCUCGAAGCUCCCAUCCCUAACCGCCCAGCUCGAUCGGGAAUGCCGCGACCUCGAAGGGGACCUGCGCUGCCUCCUCGAGGACAGGCUGCCCUCUAAGGCCUCCAAGUGGCUCUCUCGCUCCAACGAUGCCCGCCGAAUCCUUCACCAUCUCGGUGGUUUCGCACCUUGCACGCCUCCAGCUUCGGUUAGAAGGAUGGUAGAGAUGGACAUACCCUUGCUUGUGAAAGAAGUCGCUCGGAUUGAGACGGUUCGCGUUUAUGCUGAAUGUUCUCUUCAGUUAGAAGCUCUUGUUGGUGACCUUGAAGAUGCAGCAUUAGCUAUAGUUAGCCAAGCCUUACCAGAUAAUAUCUUGUCAAAUCUUUCAAGUGUGCGAAGUUCUGCGUUGCAGGAUAUGCCAGGGAAACAAGAAAAGCUGCUGCUUGCUGUUAAAAUCAUGACAUCUAUAGAGGAUAAACUAGCAAGUAUUUCAUGUCGUAGGCCACAAUGGACUCAUCUCCUAAUGGCUGUUGAAUCUAGGGUGGAGAAGGCUUUAGCAAUUAUGAAGCCACAGGCCAUAACACAUCACCGGGCUAUACUUGCCUCACUUGGAUGGCCACCAGGCCUCUCAUCAUCUAAAAUAGAAAAGGACAAAUCAUUUGAAACUUCAAACCCCCUUGUUCUGAUGCAAGGAGAAAACAAAGCCAUAUAUUCUCAAAGCUUUCUAGCAUUAUGUGCUUUGCAGCAACUUCUGGUUCAGCGAGAACAGAGAAUAUGUGCUUUUUCAAGAUCUCAUAAGAUGUACAGAUCAGCAGAUGGUACUGAUUUUCAUAGAUAUUCUUGUCUUGACAAUAGUCUAUGGACAAUUGAUGAAUUAGUGAACCCCAUUGCUUCAAGAAUAGAGCAUCAUUUUCAUAAAUGGUCUGAUCAACCAAAGUUUAUUUUUGCUCUUGUUUUCAAAAUAACUCGAGAUUUUAUGGAUGGGGUGGACCAUGUGUUACAACCUUUAGUAGAUAGAGCUAGACUAGUGGGUUCUAGCGCCAGAGAAACCUGGGUAAAAGCUAUGGUUAAAAUGCUUUUAGACUACCUAGAAAAAGAAGUUUUUCCUGUCCUUGUUACAAGAUAUGAAGUUAGAGAUGGAUUCUUGGAGGUUAACACAUCAUGGCUUCAUCUCGUUGACCUCAUGAUUACCUUUGAUAAGCGGAUGCGAGCUCUUGCAACUUCAGGAAUGCCACAAAUGGAAUUAUUUCUUGAGUUUGAAGGUAUCUCUGGGUCCUCAUCGAUGUUCUCAAUUUUCAGAGAGCAUUCAGAUUGGCUUCAGAUAUGGGCUGAAAUAGAGCUUGAGGAUGCCAACAAUAAACUGAGACCUGAAUUAGAAAAUGAAACAAGUUGGCUGGUUUGUACUCGUCAGAAAGUUUUGUCCUUUCAGGAAGAAACUGAGUCAUUUCUUCUUUCAAACAGAGAGGACUUCAAAGCUCCUUCUAUUGCUGAUUCUGUUGUUAAAAUUGUAUGGCAUAUGGUUGAGAGGGCUGGGCUUCUGCCAACUAAGCCAAUGAAAAAUCAAUUUAUCAGGUCUUCUUCUGUCGUAUUCUUAAAUGAUUUUUUCCUUUUCUUGGUUCAACGCUGUCAGAGUGUAGCAUUGGUUGAUGCCAAUCUGGAAGACGAUGAUAUGCUAAGACUGGCUGGUUCCAUAAAUGUUGCUCGAUACUUCGAAUUUGUUUUGAGAGAAUGGAAUGAAGACAUCAGGUUCUUGGAGAUGGGUGUUGCUGAAAGUAAUUACAAGAACGAAGACCAACACUCACUUGGUUCCUUUUUCAAAGAUGAAAUUAUAUAUUUGGUUAACCUAGAGACUGAUUUUCUUGAGGAAAUAAUGUCUGCCAUUUUACUGCAGUUUGAUACUCUCUGUUGGGAUUACAUUGAUAACAUUGAACAGUUGGGAAUGGAGCAACUUGAACAGCAAGAUUCAGUUCUUGAUGAACAAUGUCCAUGUGUAUCGUCAAGGUUUGUUGAAGCACUAGACAUGCUGAAAGACUGUCUGAAUAUCUUGAGAUUAACUCUCAAUUCCAUAGAUUUUCUUGACCUAUGGAGAAGCAUUGCUGAUGGGCUUGACCACUUCAUUUUUAAGAGCAUCACUCUCAGUGGCAUUAAGUUAUCAUAUGUGGGAGCCAAACAAUAUAAGACUGAUAUGAGUGCACUCUUUCUAAUUUUCAGUGCAUUCUGUGCCAAGCCUGAAGCUUUCUUUCCACGCACAUAUGAUUCUUUAAAGAUAUUGACCAUGGAUCAAAAAGAUGUGGCUUAACUUCUUAACAUCAUGGCAGGGGAUGAAAGAAGAAAGGAAGAGUUUUUGAAACUCAGAGGACUAUUCCAUGUAACUGUUAAUCAAGCUGAAAAGAUUCUGAAAAGCAGGACAUUCAAGGGUUAAAUUGGAGGGUAAAAGAGUUCUUCAGACAUCUGCUGAUAUAGACAGUUGUGACCAAAGAUAAGUUGAUCUAGUGGGCAUAAUACAUAUCGGCUUCUGUAUGUGAUAUUUCAUUCUUUAGUAGUCCAUUGUUCUCAAAAUAAAGGAGUUUCACAAUACUACUUGUUUGCGAAGACAUCGUCUGAUACACAUGAACAAAUGUUCGAAGUCUGAAUGGAGGGACUUGUUGACAUUCUAUUAUAUGAUAAGCCAAGAAUCUCUUCUCAGAAACCCAGUAACUUGACAACCCACUUUUUGCUUGUGCUACUUCUGCCACUGAGCCUAUAAUACAACAUAGCAGGAUGUUCAAACAGGAUCUGCUUGUGCUGAAGCAUUGGACAUCAACAUGGAAGUCAAAUCAUACCUGAUAGUUGCCAUCUUCUCCAUCAUUAACUGGCUGGAAGUUCUUCAUGUCAAGGAUAGCAUGAGAAACAUGCCACAAUUGACUGCUUCCAUAUGAUCGGCACUUGUGAAGAAAGGCACAACCAGGUAUCUUCAGCGGUUGAAGUGUAGACAGCAGUAACUGGUCUGACAAGAACUGUAAUUUUGGACAAUAGCAGAUCUUAAAAUGUUCAAGAAAAGUAGGAUUGUGAAGUGUCAAUGGGCAUGAUUUCUCUUCUCAACCUGACAUGCAGUAGUAAUCUUCAGUUUCUGAAGCGAAGGCUCGAAGCGCAGAGGAAUUAUAUCAAAGUUCUUUGAAUUAGAGAUUUGCAAAGACUGAAGCCUUUUCAAGAGAUCUUGAGGCAGUGACGACUCAUCACGUUGCCACAUUUCUGAAGUGAUAACUGAAGGGAGACUUGGUGGCACGUUUUGAGAGCAGCAAAAUGUAUCAACAUAGCUUGUCAUAAUGUAUCAGUUCCAACUGAUGCAGCUGAUGAAAGUCACCAUCCUAUACUCCAGACAACUUUUCCAAUCUGUACAGUCUUAUCAGUCUCCUUGUCUCCAGUGAAAAAAGAUGGCUUCUUCAUCUUCAUCUUGCCAUUGCCACAGGAAUCACAGCCACUGUGCCAGAUCACUGUCAUUUUCUAUUGAGAACUGCUCGAGGGAAGGCAAUUGCCCAUGUGGUGGUAAGAUUUUUGCAUUUGGUAUAAGGGUAACGGAGGUUGAAUUAUAGAAAGAUGAGUCUCCAAUUCAUUUGAGAAACCUGCUGCCACUAUAACAUUCUAUAACCAAUUCUGACAGGUUGGUAUUAGACUGAAAGCUUUUGAGAAUAUGCAUCAUAGUCUCCUCUGCUGAGACUGUUGGCCUUUUUACAGUGGAUUCAUUCUUCGUCUCCUCAUCUUUCAAGUAUGCAAAGCUGCAUCUCUGCAUCUAAGCUACCUAAGAAGGAGAUCCUCUCAUCCUCCCCAGUUACAUCAUAAGAAGGUGCUUCUUUAAUGUUCGCAUCUUCUUCAUCAAAUAAAUCGAUGUUACAGAUCCAUUCAUCAUCUUUGUUGUUUACAAGAAGAAUAAUUUAGGUCCUUGAUGCAGGCUGUCAUUAGAUUCCCAUGAAGAUAAAAUCCAGAUACAGCCCGGACAUGCAUAGUUCUCCUCUAAUGUUUACCAAAUCCUUCAACUCUUUUAGUACCCAUGGUUCAUCUUUACCUCUAAAGAAAAUGCAACUCCAUGAUCCUAUGCUUGUCAGCCUCCCAAGUAGUCCUACUGGUUCAGCUUUGUUAUAUGACAAAAGAUUAAGAUUAUAGACAGCUUGGGGCUCAUCUUACGGAAUGAUGAGGGUACUUGCUGCUUGGCAAGUUGCAAAA